AUUGAAUUGAUUGUUUUGAUUUGACUUUGAUGCCUCCCUAACCUAAAAGACAUAUUUGUUUGUUAUAUAAAGGCCAAAUAUUGAAUAAAAUAAGUAUUUUGAUCUGCCCCCAGUUCAUAUUUUUCUGUUUAAUAUAUGUGUAGAUACAAAUAUGUUUAAGAAAAUAUUCGUUCAAAGUGCAAUCACAACUCAAGGCGGUAGAGUUUUCAAUCAUUUUGGAAUAUUCAACAGCAUUAUAAGCAAGCGCAGAAUACAUCAUGGAACGUAUUUACAAACCCCAAGAAGUCCUUCUAAAUCAAAUGAAUCCACAUCUCCAGCCAUAGCUAGCAAGUAUCAGGUCAUAACAGAAACAAACUCACCUGUUAUUGAGAACACUGCAGAAGAAAUAUACUUUAAAGACAAAUACCCUAUUAUUAAUGAUGAAUUUGAAGGAAUAAAUUUACAAAGAGGCAAAAGCGGUGUGUUUGAAAUAGAAGAACUUGUUGAUAUAUUGCAAAGAGAAAACUCCAAGGAUAUAUUUGUUGCAAGUGUCCCAAGGGAUAUAAAUUAUGUGGAAUACAUGUGUAUAGUUAGUGCUCGGAGUAAAAGACACAUUUUGGCUCUUGCUGAAUUUGUAAGAAAAGUUUACAAAAAGAAGUGUUACAAAAAUGACCAAAUUCCUAGGAUUGAAGGAAAAGAUUCUGAUGAAUGGAUGGCUCUAGAUUUAGGUAAUAUAGCUCUGCAUAUAUUCUCAGACAAAACGCGUAAAGUAUAUGAUUUGGAAACACUGUGGUCUGUGGGAUCAGAGUUUGAUGAGAAGGCGAACAAGAGCAGUGAAGUCAUUGAUAUCUUAGAAAAUUAUAGUGACUAUUUGAAAGAUCUUAAACCAUUAGCAUAACUUUUCACAUCACAUUUACCUAAGUAUGUAAAAUGGAAAUUUAUGAAAUGUGCAGGAUUUGAUUGGUUCAGUAAAGUGUUGGAAGAAAUGCUAAUAAUGUAGGAAUCAGUGUCCUUAUGUAUGUCCAGUAUUGAUUGCUAAAUUAUAAUUUUUUCUGGGUAAUCCACAUUAUAGAAUUAAAACAUGUGUUUUAAGUAAAUAUUCCAAUAUGCUGCAUGUGUUAUAUAUAAUAAUAAAAUAUAUAUGUAUACUUCAUCUUUUCUAGCCUGUUUUAUAAUGUACAAACCUAUAAUCCUUUCAUUAUGGUUUGGACUAACUUUUGUUAAGUUUUAAAAACAUAAUGUAUGUUAUAAAUAAGAUGUAAAUGUCAAUUAAUAGAAAAUAAUGUUAUAAAAAUGUUAUAAAGUGAAGAAAACAAAAGUAUCAAUUGAAAGUCUCAUAUAAAAUGUUUAUUUCGCUUAAUUAGGUACAUUAAUGAUACAUAUAGUAUGGACUGCAUAACUUAUUAACAAAAUGUUAAUUGCUUUUAUAAUAGUUAAACUUAAUC